AUGGAUCCGUUCAUCGAACAACCGCCAAGCAUCCUUAACAAGCCCGACGGAUCAGUGCUUUUUGAGUGCAUGGUGUCGGCAAACCCUGAACCGGAAGUGAAAUGGUACUUCAAAGACAAGGAACUGACCACCGGCGACAAAUACAUCGUCAAAAAGAAGAAAAUGGUCGGAAAAUAUGCGUGCACUCUCCAAGUGAAGGUUAGUUGGACCCUGUACCUGUUUCUGGUGAAGGCUAAACUUGCACCCUGAGU